AUGUUAAUGGAACCUGAAAAACACGGGAAUAACAUCCUUCGUGGUUGCAUGUUAGCAACUGCCACAGCUGUAAACGCUUUGGUCGGGAGCAUCGGUAUGCAACAUUACAACUACGCGGCUGAAUUAUUGGGCAUCAGACUGAGUACCGCAGUAAAAGGUCUCGUUUACCAAAAGGUAAGCACAAGUAGGUUAACUUACUAGUCCCCAAUCAUCUAAAAAAUAUGGGCAGUGCUUAAGUGGAGAAGAAAAGAGAGACGGAACGGGAAAAGAGCACUCUUGUUUUCUGCCUUCCCAUUGCCAUUCACGCUCCAAUCCUGUUCGUGUUACUCGCCCCUCGUGCUACUUGACUUGCGACUAGUCAAAGUUGGGCUGGUGAAAAGGGUGCAAUCUUCCUUAAUUGUCUCCAAACUUUUCUCUACACCUUAUGGUACACUACUAUUGCUAACCCUGGCCUCUCGAAGUAGUGCGAGAAAUGUUCAGUCAAAGAUCUAAGUAAGUAAUCUAGAACUGCAUUCUGUCUUUCCUCGGCAACAUUAUGAAUCAUCGGGCUGGUAUUUUCGCAGCGGAAAAGAAUAACCAGCUUUGUAAAUAUUUAUUCCUCAGCUGUAGGUUCUCUAGAUUCACACCUUUUAGCAAACCUGGAUUAUAAGAUUUGAGUGAGCAUCUCAGGGCUCCUCUAGCUACGCCUUUGUAUUUGGAGGCCACUUUGACUCUAGUUUUGAUUUUGUUUCAUUCUCAGAUCUUACUACUUAGCAAGAGCUCAUUGUCAAAGUUUUCAGCAGGGCAUGUGAUCGACCUGAUGUCAAAUGAUGUUCAGCGGAUGGAGGCAGCACCUAGAUGCAUUUUAACAAUGGACUCAGCCAUACUCCAAAUCGUGCCUUCAACGUUUAUAAUAGCUUAUCUGAUUGGCUGGCAGGCUCUUAUGGGAGAGAUAUUUCUCUGUCUUCUUCUAUAG